UGGAUAAUGGCAUGCCAUAUAUGUUAAUACACAAACUUAUUGUACUUGUAUGUUGUUGACCAUAGCAAAAAGGGAAAAUGUUAAUUAUAUGAAUUCCUAACAAAAAGUAACGAUGGUAUAUAACUAUGUAGUCAACACAUACACACUUAUUGAUGAGAUAACAUUAAUUACUGAAUGUUAGUCAAAAAUAUGCACACAGACUAAUAAAUAUGCUGGUCUAGCUAAAACCAGUUCGUGAUUUCAACUUUGAAAAUUCUACUCUCUCAAGAAAUCCUCCAAUAUAUAUGUUCAUUUAAUUGAAACAACUUAUUGUUGUCACAACCCUGUAAACUCAGGAAUACAGCUUCACCCUCAGACCUUAAGUUUUUGUUUCUAGACUUACUAUUACUCGGACAACCCUCCUGGGACGGUAGGACCUGAAAAAUUUCAGUCAAUAUAGCUUGAUUAGACCAUGAUGGCAUGACAGCGCGAUCACCAAUUCAAAAUAGCAGUUACGAUCAGUCCUCGAAGCACUGAAUGCGUUUCCAGGAAUGACUGAGUGAGCGAUAUUAAGGUUAAGCUUGCUAUGCUUUACAGAGGUGGGGAGUCGAUAGGUGUAGUUGUAAAUCUUCAUUGACUGACGUGGUUAAGACAUAUGUUUCGUAUGCUCAACUAUCACUCUGCUCGACGAGCAACUCAAUGCUUGCUAGUUCAGAUGUCGUUUUGAAGCAGUCUACGAGAAGUCAAACCGUUAAGUGGACAAUCAUCUUUCAUAUAUUCGAAUGAAUUUUAAGUUUUCGGGAGAAGCUGUACUGCUGAGUGUACAGGGUUGUGACAACAAUAAGUUAUUUCUCUAAUGAACAGCAUCUGCAUCGAUGCUGCCUCCUCACAGCAGAGGGACAAGUUUCGGAAUCCCCGACUCUGAAAAUAUCUCACCCAAUGGAUUACUGUCUUCUUCAAUAGAUCACUUCGAAGUGCAAUGCUAACACAUAGAAAACUGUCACAAAACGUCUAUGUAGCCUGUGUCCAAAAUGUCUCUUUAGCUCUAACGUCAGGCUCUCAGGUUGCCAAAACUACCACUGGUUUAGUUUCCCUUUCAGGUACCCCUUAAAGAAAUAUUUUUCCACGGUCUGGGUAACUGAGAAAUAACAAUUUCCUUCAUACCUCUAACAGUAUGCAACAUCGCCUCGUUCUUAAUAAAACCCUAUCUUUAUCACCAAAUAUUACUUUUACUUCUAUUAUCAACUUUCAUUAUGAUGGUGAACAGAUGAAUUGACAGUUAUACAAAGAAGUAAAUAAUUAAUCAAUAAAAUGUACAAAAUAUUUGUAUUUAUUUAUUGUUCCACCACUUCUAGUUGUACAGUUAGAUUUUCCGGCGACAUGAUUUUUAAUUUAAGCUUUCUGUAUGUCAGAAGAAAAAGGCUGCUUGUCUGUCUUGGUGCUGCCUUCCUGCUCACUAUCGAGGAAAGCCAGUUUAAGUCUGUCUAUAGAGGCUUUCUAUCUGUGCUUAUGAAGUAUUUUUCGGCGCUCUCUGUCACUAUAAGGUCCUUCAUACGUUGGUUUUAGUAGGUUUUUAUGGCAUCGACUAAUAAAAAAGAAUCUACUCGUAUUUAAUUGUUUGUUAACCUGCUCGCAACGAUAACUGUACAGAUUAAAUGAAAUUUCUAAAAGCAUGACUUAUAGAAAACAUUGUUUGCGACAUAAGUUCAAGUUGACCUUCUCUGCAAUCGUUGUCUCAUAUUGAUUAUCAAUAUCUGUACUUUAUCUAUUAAACUUACGCUUUAUGAACUGUUACAUCCUUGAUAUGUCUACCCACUAAUAUGCAGAAGAUAACUUGUCUCAAUUUAGGUUUAGACCUUGACAUGAUAAGCUUACUGGUUCAACCUUGAGGCUAGAAUCGCAUGAGUUCGAAGUUAGACUAACUGCCUUGAGUAGAGAGACGAAAACUGCUCUCUCGGUUGAUUGGCUGACAAGCUAGAGAGAGAUAGAGAUAGGAGACGAGUCAACUGAAACUACUUGAUUUAUUCCUAAUUCCGACUCACACUCCGAUCCAAAUUAGCACAAAAAGAUGCAUGAAUAAAUAGAUAAUUAACAUGACCACAAUGUACAAACAAUUCGAAAAAUACUGUCCUGUUUAUAACUGGGGAUUAGGGUAGAAAAAUAGAGUAGCCAAAGUUACAUUUAAAUCACAAUAACUUUGUGAUUAAAAAGGGUUUGUCAGUGAAUCAUACAUCAAAAGAAAGAUUAUGGUUUUCAGAAUAAACUACGGACAAAAUUAAAUGUUAGUUUUACAAGGUUUGAAUUGAUUGAUAUAAUGUCCCUCAAAAUAGCUUCCGCUGCUUGUCAAAGCUUUUUUUUCUCUGUUCACAUCACGAGCCUUUGUUAAGUAACGUUAUCUCAAGUCAUAUGAUGCGUAAUAAUUAGUUAACUAAUCAUAAUCCAACUGAUUUAUAAAGUACAUGUUAAUGUAGUAGGCUUAGAGUCACACUCUUCGUAAAUGUUCUAGCGAUACUUCCCGGCUACUCAAAUCGAAAUAGAGGAUGCAGGGUCAGAACAUACAAACUAUAUCUUGAAAGUCGAUGGAUUGACUAGAUUUUGCAAAAAUGCACUGAUUUCUACUUUUUUUAGUGAAAUUUAUCUAAUAUUAUUGAUUCCCUUUCAAGGUCUCUCUGGCCCACCAGGUGCUGGGAAAAGUACAUUUAUUGAAGCAUUUGGUGGUCGCCUUACAGGUAGUAAACCAUGGAAUCCUGUAAUUAAUACUUCUUAUAAAUCUUAUGGUAAGCAGCGGUUGACACUAGACGAAGAACAUUUCAAUCAAGAAAUCAGAAAACUUCAUCGUGUAGCUGUCUUAGCAAUAGAUCCUUCUUCACAUACAACUGGUGGUAGUCUCUUGGCCGAUAAAACUCGAAUGCCUGAAUUGUCCAGUAAUUUGAAUGCCUACAUACGACCAUCCCCUAGUGGUGGAAAUUUAGGUGGUGUUGCUCGUGCAACUAGUGAAUCCAUCCUACUAUGUGAAGCUGCAGGAUUUGAAACUGUCCUCGUAGAAACUGUUGAAUUGUGAAUAGAUUCAAGAUGAUGAUGAUGAUUCAAGAUAAAUCGAAAUGUAGGGGUGAUAUAUUGGUUUACAUCAAUUGAAUUUUAAAAGAGAUCAGUAUGUCUUCAAAGUGAGCUACGUAGUUCCGGUAUGUUAAUAAAUGGAGUGUUCGUCAAUGAAAAAAUUAAUUUACAAUGUUUGGUCAAGUUAAACUAUGUUUAAAGACAGACAAUUUCGUGAAAAUUUUUGCAUUAAUAACUCGAUAGCGAUGAUUGUGAUCUCCACGUAUUAUUCGCCACUGCCAUUAGACGUAAUUUUCUUCCAAUUUCAUAUGGAAUAUGUUUGGAAAUGAAUGAACUAAUUUGAUGUCAUGAGGUUUGAGGCAUAUAUGGGGAUUCCUGAACCUAAUUUACUUGCUGAUUGGAGCUCAUAAUCACAGUGUAUCUUCAGUUUUGAGGGGAUUGUUACCCUCUGUGAGAUCCGAACUUGCAUCACCCAACAUUACUUGGAGAUGUUUCCACUAAGCUACGACCGAUCUGUGGGACUGAAUUAGCUCGGCUGAUUCGUCAUUGAGUAACAGUCCCAUUGUAAUUUGAUCGACAGUCUUCCGUUGGCAUCAAUGACUAAACAUAUCAUUCUUUAUUACAAAUAACUAAUUUAAAAUGUAACUCAUGAAAAAAACUUUAUGUUAUUCAUAGUUUAGUUGUAUUUAUUUUGAUUUUCAGUAUAAUCAUUUACAAAGUACUUUCUUAAAAAACAACUGCAGUGCUCCUGAUGCGUCAACGUAGUUGUGGUUUUUCGACCGGAUGCAGUUCCUUAGAGGGCAGUUCUCCUGUGAAUUUUGCUUAUAUGCUUCAUUAGUUAAAAUUUAAGAUAUUAUGUUCGUCAGCAUCUGUUCCACAUAAAUAGCUGUCCAGUAAUUGCUAGAUUUGAUCAAGCCUGUAAUUCUUGUCACUACGUGAUGAAAGUUGUUCUUUUAGGCAUAUAGUUUUACUUCUGAGUCCUCUCUCCCUCUCGAAAUGCUCUCACAUGGCCACGCGUAUAUAGCCUCUGCCAGGGAAGUCCUACUCACUGCCUUCUCGUGGCGGGGGUGUUGUUUACAAAAAUGAGAGGACGAAAAAUGAAUGUCCGGCGCUUUAACCGGAUUCCAAACCAAUGGUGCACACGGGCUCCAGUAUCCUGCGGGAACAAAAGGCGUAUGAACCAAUUGUUGGUCACCGGCUUCCAUGGGACUGCAUCUCCUUACGAUGCUCCACUGCCUUGUGGAUCAGACCUUCACGUCGAAGGCUCGGGGAAUGGCCCCCUAAGAAAACCACCUGCUUCGGUUUUGGCACCCGGGCAGUAUCACAGCCAUCACACAUAUCGAAUGAGAUUUGUGUGGCGCAUAUGUAUUUGGUGCCUUCUUGUACCAAUAUCUAUGUGUUAAAAUAAAAUAAAAUAUGCAGCCUAAUAUCUGUAAUGAAUUCUAUCGUAUGGCAUCUCUACAACUGAAUCCUAAUUGAAAAUUCCCUUUAGAAAUUUAUAUCUUCAUAAAAUUCGGAAAUUUUUACGUACAUCGCCUAAUUGUUUGAACAUAAUUUGUCCCCUUAUGAUUCCAGGUGUUGGACAGUUAGAGUUCGCUGCUGCAGAUAUGGUUGAUAUGUUUGUUUUGAUUAUUCCUCCUGCUGGAGGUGAUGAAUUACAAGGCAUAAAACGAGGGAUUGUUGAAGUUGCUGAUCUGGUUCUAGUGAAUAAAGCAGAUGGUGAACUAUUGCAUCAAGCUCGUCUUAUUGCUAAAGAAUAUUCGAACGCUCUCAAAUAUAUGCGUUGUCGAAGACCUAAUUGGAUUCCGAAAGUAAACCAGUUACUUUAUUUAACUUAUAAAAUACAAGAAUUAAAAAUAGGAAGUAAUUUAGAUUCACUAAAUAUUUCAAAGUCUUGACCCGUGCGAAAUAAUUAGCAUCCACUCUAUAGCGGUUGGUCAUUAGUUGGGAUUCAGUGAUCUGAAUAUUUAACUCAUUAAUCCUAAUAUGCUCAACGGCAUUUCAUUACAAGAAUUAAGUCAUUAAAUUGUAAACACUAAAUUUUCACUACUUGACGACAGACAGUUGCUUGUUUUAUCGAAGCAAAUUUUUUUAAAAUAUGAAGCAGUGCAUUUCUCUUUUCAUGAAUCUUGAUUUAAAAAAUCUGUGUUCGUAAAAAAACGACUAUUCUCUGUCAGAAGUUAUUUAUUCAAACAAGUAAUCACUGUUUUUAAAUUGCCGAAUACAUUUAAUUAUCUGUAUAGUCUUGAAUAUUUACGAAAAAAAUACAUCUCAAUAUUGGUACUUGUACAUGAAUCACCUGAAUACCAUAAUAUCCUAACGGCUCAACAGUUAAAUCUUUAGUAGUUCUACACUAAUUUACUGUUAUUUAUAUUACAUAAAAUGUUUUCAUUUUUAGGAUAUUUCAAGAAAUUCAUUGUUAUUUGUAAACCUUGUAGGAGUAGGCUGAAAGAAGGCUAAGGGCGGCCAAACCAUGGCAUUAGUCCAUGAAAUCAUUAACAAAUAUACUGAGCCAUGUUAAUAGGUUCAGACUACCUGGUUGGGGUCCAUUUCAUUAUCGUCACCAGUGUUUCCAGACUUUUAAUGACGUGGCUCAAAAUCGCUUUCCUAAAGUCCUGAGCUUCUUAAUUCCUCAUAAUUGUUUUCAUCUCACUAAUCUAUAUCUUCUUCAAUUGCGUCUUCGAUGCCUAAUCUCUAUCAUCACUGAUACUGUAAAUACAUCUGCUACUGUGGGAGUUGGCCUGACAUUUUCGUUUCGGUGUGCCAAAUGGGGUGUGGCAAGUUUGAUCGAUAUACACACGUUCUAGGUUCUACGUUGCAACUGAUUGACCGAUAAACCCUGUGAAACAUGUUUAUUCAUUCAGCAGUUUUGUUAUAUACUUGAAGUUUAAAGUUGAUUUAUGAUCAAAUAGGUUUGAAAAUAAUGAAAUUCGAAAAACAUAACAUAAAAUUCUAUCUGUUAAUUCGAUCAGCUACAACGUAAGACCAGGCACAUAUAUACAUCUGUUAAUUCGUCUUACAGUAUUCUUAUUCUAAUAAGUGAUAAAGAAUUAACUGUUCGUAUCACUGAUCUGAGAAAAGAACUGAAGCGUAAGGAUUGUUCGACAUUAAGUCGGUUUUCACCACUAACUAGUAUUAUCUAGAUAAGUACUUGUUACCAGGAAGUAUUGAAAAAAUGCUUUACCUUCGUUUAGAACUUCUUAGUGGUAUACACCACUAAUUUCAUGCUUGAUUGUACCCAGGAAUUCCAGGUAUCUCUGUGAGUGUGAUACUUUUUUGAUAAAUGAGUUAAAAAUCUAAUGGUCUGCAUUUCCAGCACCCAAUACCAUAUGUGGUGUAAGUUUCACUUUCAAAAUAUUAUACCGAUAUUACCGAUUAGUGUUGUAUUUAUGUGCACUACUGAGAAAUAAUCUCGAAAUAGAACUUAACUGUAAAGUAACUUUCUGAUUUUUAAAUGAUUUCUUUGUUGAUAUUAGCCACGUUUAAAACUAACUUCAAAUCUAUUUUAUCUUCAGUAACUAUUAAUAUAAGUUAACUGAAUAAUAAUUCUUCACAAUUGUUUUUUUUUCAUACUUGUAUAAAACCAAAUAAGGUACAACUUGUAUCCAGUCUAACAGGUGAUGGACUUAUUGAAUUUUGGUCUACAGCUUUUAAAUUUCACCAAUCACUAAUUAAAUCAGGUGAAUUACAGAGAAUACGAAAAGAACAAUUGAGAACUUAUGCACACUUUAACCCAUACACAAAUAUAGCGAAAUCUAGAUCUUGUAAUGAAAUCGGCGGCAAGGAUUUCGCAUUAAAAUAGAAAAAUGACUAAGAAAUUCAAACACAACACGUAUAUUGAACACUAAAAAACGUCGCCGGUAAUCCGACAUUAUAUUGUUUCUCUAUAUUUUCUUACAUUAGAUAUGGAUGUGGACAUUUGUUAAAGAGGAGGUUUGGCGUAGAUUUAAAAACAGUCCACUUAUUCUAGAGAAACAAAAAGAAAUCGAAACAUUACUAUUCAACCGAGAAAUCGCUCCUGGUAUAGCCGCUGAAUUAUUACUUGAUAUUGAUCAUAGAAAAUCAUAAUACGCAUAUUGCACAUACCUAUUUAUUGUAUAUUACUAAAUCUAUAAUCACAGAAAUUCUGGACUUUUUCUUUCAAAUUAAUCUCAAAGAAAGUUACUUUUAGUUGGUCUUCUCUACAAUUGCAUUUUAACCCUAUGUUCAUUGUUAUUAUUCAUCUUAAAGAUUGUCUCAGGUAAUUAUUUUUAUUUAUUUCGUCAGAUUUGGCGACUUUUUUCUUUUAAUUUUCACUUUUCAAGUACUUCUUCAUUAGAUAUAGAAUAUAAGGAAAAUUUAAUUGGUCAAUUCAUUUGUAAAUCACACUUGAAAUAUCUUCAAAUUUUGUUUCCACAGUUUUUUUUUCUGAAUUAAAUAGAUGUGUUUAUGUGUUAUGUGCAAAACUCAGCUGACCAGUCAAAUGGAUGGUGUUAUGACUAGACGCUAUUUUUAUUUUCACUCUUCAACAAAACGAGUAUAAGUUGGUGUUAUUGGAUUGAUCAGUUGCAAAGUUAUAAUUAUUACAUUGUCAACCUUCAUAUAAGUGAUAAAAAUAAGACAUACAAUACCAUUUAUCUUAAACUCAGAGUUUAGAAAUUGGUUAACCUGGUCUCGUUAAAUAAAUGAUAUCCUAGACGAUCGAGUACUAUCGUGAAUUGAUUGGUAUUAGCCUCGUACAUCAUAAGAUCCUGGCUCAGCCGUCUAAAGAGUAAGGGUUCGCGCGCGAGACUGAAGGUACCGGAUUCGAUCCUCGAUGGUGAAGUCGUAGAUGCACAUCAGUAAGAUGUCCAAUACAAGGACGAAACGGGCAUCCAGUGGUUUCAUGUUCUUGAUGUUUGUCUAGUUUAGAUCGGCGUAUGAUCUUAAACAUAUCCUAGAUUGUAGAUGUGCUACUUUUUGAGUGUACUUCAAAGAUCGUGAAUGUUAAUUAUUUUUAGUUACUUUUGACGUGUUUCAUCCAUACUCCUUAUAGUUAUCAAAUUAACAAACCUGUAUAACUCACUUCUAUUUGACAACUGAAUCCAUGAGUCGAUUUAAACUAGAUCACCAAGGAAAACCUGGAAACAUUGGAUGGCUGUUUCAUCCUAAUGUGGGACUCAGCAGUGCGCACCCACUUCCAUUUAUUAUUUACAUUCUUAUUUCCCUUUGACGUGGGUUCAGAUUUUGACUAGCUUUUAUUACAUCUAUUAGUGAAGCAACAAUUCCUCACUCUAUUAUGGACUGCUGUGUGUAAGAGAUAACUAUAAAUACGACUGCAUAGCUCCAGUAAUUGACGUCAUUGGAAAGGAAAUUCUCUUCACUCAAACUGUCUUUAUUCUCUUUAUUGGUAUAAUCUUGCGCUGGAACUUUUUUCACUGUUUGUUAAACCUUUUUCAACUGGCAAGUUGUAUUGUUUGUACUACCCCGUGAUACACUGUCAUCAAUUUGGCAAUCACCUCUUGUGAAUAAGAAUAUAUGACAAAAAUGUAAGAAUCUUGUAGUAAAACCCAGCAAAUUGCAACAAUGUCUGCAUGUUGAUGAAAGCUGUAAGCUCAGCGACUAUCCCACAGACAUUUACAAGCUGUUUUAAGCUAAAACAAUAAACAAAAUGCGGUUUGUAAGGUUUCCGACAGUCAUGUGUUUUUCGUAUGACCCACAUGGUGACUGAGUACGCGUAUAUUAUAAGUCUGUAAUAACCUACAAACACGUGACCAGUUUUACACAUUUAAUACGAAAAAACCUCGUCAUUAGCUGUUUAGGUUUGCUGGAAAGAAAGCUGUGGUAAAUUUGUUCCGAAAUAACUUUUUUCACCCAUCAUACGGUCUCAGUGGUUGAUUAGAGACUUCCGUUACGGACCAAUUGUGAUUGGGGUGCCAAAAAUUAGACAGAAAUUACUGAGAACCUGUUAUUUAGUGUAUUGACACUUUUCUAUGUCACCAGAGCAUUGAACUCAAUGAAUUCAAAGAGCCUACCUGCUUGGUGAAAACCCAAUUUUUCACACCACAAUGUGAUAUUGAGUAGGCUAGCGAUUGACUGUCGUAUGCAGUAGGCUUGUUAGAGGACUCGUAAUUAGUUGAAGUAUGACCAGAAGAAAGUCGUAACAACUACAAUCAACCUAGCAGUUGUACAUAUCCAAUAUAAUUACCAAUCAACCUAACUUAACACAAUCAACAUAGUCCGAAUAAUUAGACUAAAAAUAGUAUUACCCGGCAUAGAACUACUUCAACACCUUGUUUGUGCUGAACUUAAAAAUGAACUACAUCGAUAUUUUGAAUGUACUGCGACAAAGCAUAUGGAUAAUUGAUAAAUACAUAACUGACAAGGUUAUUUACUCAAUAUACACUACGAACAUCUGUAAAUAUCCAUAACUAAUGGAUACAUUUUUCAAAUCAGACUAUCAAUCUCUCCACUGUUGAUUAAGUAAUUUUACUUUUGAGAUGUUCAUGAAGAACAAGGAUUUAUAAAAAAUGAGAGUUAUAUUUCACACCAGUAGCUUCAAUAGAAGUAACUUGAGCCCAUAAAGAACGUGUAUGCCACCUGCUGAUAAGAUCAUUAAGCUCUGAAUUAUCAU